AUGGCUGGUGCCGGAAUGGACCGAUGCCGAAAGUUCGACUUCAUGGACGAAGCGACUGCAGCAGCAGCUGCGGCAGCCGCCCCACCCACGGUCAAGGGAGGCUUGGUCGUGGAUAUCGGGCCGAUGAAAUCCGGCCCCUCGCGGCUGGAUGCUGCCACGAGACUGGAGGCUGCGCGGACCUCGCUGGCAAACAUCCUGGCGGAUCCUGGCCCUUCCAGCAAGUCUGGCGAGGGAGGCGAGCCGGGAGUCCAAGUAUUUGCAGAGGCCCUGCCGGAAGAGGUGGCGCAGGUUGGAGAGAUGCGGAUCGACGAGGAUGAGGUUCUUGUCCUACCUUCAGCGCUGCCUUCGCUAGAUGGCACGCGAUUAAGGCUGCUCCAAGAGAAGCAACGCUUUGGAGAGCCCUUGGGUACUUUGGAAGUGAAGGCUAGCUCCCGCAAGUUCUGCUUUGAGACGGUACUCUCGCUUCUCGUCCCGAAGGAAGCACCGAAGUUUCGGUCCUGCGCCAUCUCCUACGGAGCCACUGGUACAGGCAAGACCUUCUGGCAGCAACGGCUGCAGAAAGCGGUGGGAGCCGAGUUGCUCAGAAUCCCGCCCGACCGACAGUGUGAUAGCUCCGGAGCUUUGCAGGUAAGCAUGGUGGAGGUCUUGGAUAAUUGCCGUGACCUCCUCGCUUCGUCGAGUGACGCCACGGUUCCUUUGCAGGAAGGCUGUGGCAGCCUCACUGCAUGCCUGCCGUCCUAUCCGGUCAGCACGCUGCAGGAGUUCGAGUCUCUUCUGUCCACUGCAACGGCGGCCAGGCGAAGCGCAGUCACAGAGAAGAGCCCUUCGUCUUCCCGCACCCACAUGCUCUGCAUCCUGAGGACAGACCGCUGCGAGGUGCUGCUUGCAGACUUGGCUGGCUCAGAGCGAGCCGCCGACCGACGAAACCACACAUCCGCGCAGUUGGGCGAGGCUAAGGCGAUAAACUGGUCUUUGGCCUGCUUACAUGAAUGCGUGCGACACGUUGCAGAAGGAUCCUCUCACAUACCUCUGCGCCGGACACCACUUACCAGGCUCCUGGAGAGUGUUCUGACGAAGGCUGGCGACCAAGAGAUCGUGUGGCUUGCCCACGUACAUCCCAGCAGCAAGAGCAUCGCUCACUCCCUGCACACUCUCUCACUGGCUGGCGACCUAGUGAAAGCUGCUUUGAUGCAGCAUCGGCGUAGCAGGCCUUGGCAGGAGGUGCCCCCCAAAGUCUGGACAAAAGAGCAGCUCUCGGCUUGGAUUGCAGCGAGCUUUCCAUCCAUGCCAGCCGACACCUUUGCCUGGGCUGAUGGUGCGGCCUUUGCGCGAGAGUGGGAGGCUGACCUUGUGAAGCGAGCCGAAUUGGCAGGGGCUUCCAAAGAAGAUGCCACUGCUGCUUACGAGGCACCCCUGCUGCGCAAUGCGGGCAUCCAGGUGAUCGACACCUUCACAAGCGGCCUGCAGCACCCGCAAGAUUCCCUGGUAGUUGCUUGCUUGGUUGUCUCCCCACCAGAAUUUCGAGCAGAUCAGAUUAUCCUGACGGCGUCCACUUUCCUGGACGGGUUUCUCGCCACCACACGGAACUUGAUCUUCUACAACAACUUCCGUGGCUGGUGGGUGAUCUAUCACGAGCUGGACACGAAGGUGGGGGUCUAA